AUGGAUAACAGAGCAAGGAAAUCGGACAUCAUUCCUCCCCCAGUCAAGUGGAAACCACCUCUGGAGCCUGUUUACAAGGCAAACUUUGAUGCGGCCAUGUUUGAGCAGUUGGGCCUAGCUGGGUUGGGUGUGGUGCUUCGGGAUUCAGGUGGCCAUAUUAUCGCAGCCUUAAGUGAGAAGAUUAAACUUCCCCAAACGGUGGAGCUGGCGGAAGCCUUAGCAGCCAGGCGGGCGGUCCUCUUUGCAACUGAAUUUAGCAUUUUCAAGGUCAUGGUUGAGGGAGAUUGUUUGCGUGUUAUUCAGGCCUUGAACGAGCAGGGCAGCUGCCUUACUAUGUUUGGUCAUGUGGCAGAGGAGACUCGCCGAUUGGGUUCGUGUUUAGAGCUAUGUAGUUUUCAUCAUGUAAAAAGGGAAGGUAAUAAGUUAGCCCAUUCCCUUGCCCGUAGAGCAGUUUUACCUGCAGAUGUGGAUGUUUGGGUGGAAGAACUACCCGAGGACUUGGAUGCUGUAUUCCAGGGUGAUUUUGCGGUGUAA